AUGAAGGAAAUUCGAUUAAUUUGCAUAUUUGGUAUCAUCGGAUUGGCUUCAAGUGCCAAAAUCCUUUUCGCUAAUACAUGGCAAUCGAAGAGUCAUGCGCUAACUAUGCUGCCGUUAGCUGAACGUUUACAUGACAGAGGAAACGAUGUGACAAUGUAUUCACUUGUAACAUCAUCAAUUGGCAAGCUGGGAAACAAAAUCAAAUCCAUUGAAACAUUGCUCCCCGAUCGUGAGAGAUUCUCGGAUACAAGCUUGGUUCACAAACUGUUUUGGUUCUUUGAGAUGAGUCCAGUGAUGCUAGAUGAACCUCAUUACAUCGGUUGGCAGUAUUUGAAUUCUUCGAAAGAUGAAGAAAGCCUCAAAGAUAUCUUAUCAACGUGUUAUGAUCUCGUUAUUGUCGACGAAAUGUUUUCUACGGCACAAGCUGCAAUUGCAUUCUAUCUAAAUCAGAAGUGUUCAACUAAGAUUACAAUAUUCUCAACAACAGAUCUCUUUGCACAUGUAAGCCAGCUGCGAGCACUAUCCCGCAACCCAAUUACAUAUCCGAAUUACUACUUGAAAGGAUACCAUGUAUCGGAUUUCUCCUUGAAAAGCUUUAGGUACCGCCUCUAUACAGUCAUGGAUGUGAUGAUUGAGCCCAUCUUUCUUGGCUACCUGUCAAAUCGUUUGGUUAAAAGUGCUGGAGACCUCAUUGGUACGACAGCAUCUCAAACUCUCCUCUAUGAAAAGAACUUCAUGACGUUCAUAGAUUAUCCUAGAACAUAUGGAAUGCCGGUUACAAAAUCAAACGAAAUGAUCUAUGUUUCUGAAUAUUGCUCAAAAACAAAACCAUUAGAUCAAGAAUUUCUGAAAAUUCUUGAAGACAAAUCUUCGAAAGGUACUAUCUAUGUUGCAUUCGGAUCUAUUGUCAGUUGGGAGGCUGGGCCACCAGAGGUUCUUCAAACUUUCGUAAAAGUGUUCAACAAAUUAACGGAUUAUCGCGUCAUCUGGAGUUAUGGCGGACCGGAAAUCAAAAACUUAAAACCUCAUAUACAUCUAUCGAAAUGGACUCCACAAAAUGAUAUAUUGUCACAUCCAAAUACAGUUUUGUUCUUCACACAUGGAGGCUUGAAGAGUUUGAAAGAAGGAAUCUGCGCUAAGACACCGAUGCUCUUCAUGCCCUUCUUCGCUGAUCAACCACGAAAUGCUUGGUAUGCUACCUACAUGGGUAUAGCGGAAGCAAUUUAUAAAAAAAAUGUGACAGAAGUUGAACUGGAAAGCAAAAUCAACAAAGUUCUUCUGAGUACAACAAUGAAAUCGAAAGUAGAGAAAUAUCAUCGGAUUUAUCUGGAUAACAUCGUUGAUCCAAUUGAUGUUGGAGCAUUCUGGGCUGAAAAAAGCAUUAAGUUCACUGAUUCUUCACGAAAAUACAUGUCCAUACAUGGUAAACAGUUGUAUUGGAUGCAAUAUCUCUACUCAGAGAUUGUAAUAUUGUUAUCAAUUGUGUUUUUUGUUGUAAAAAGUUGA